AUGACAACGAACUCUUUUCCACGUAUUCCCAUUGCCAAUAAAAAGAAAAACAACGAACAGAAAGUCAAUCUCUUUGAACUACAAUCUGAUGACGAUUGGACUCGAGCAAUUCAUCAUAAUCUCAACAUAAAACGGCGAACAUGCACUACAUUUAUUCCAAAAUCUUCAGCAACUAGUGACACUAGUAAAAAUAAAAAUGAUGUUCAAUGUGGUUGCAAUCGUCUUCGUCGUGAACAUUCUUGGGAUGUUUUCGAAGGAAAAGAUCUUCAAUGGAAUCGAAACGAGCAUACAAGAUCGGCUUGCAAUAAUGCAUAUGGAUAUAUGCCGAAUACUCGUGCACAUUAUAUUCGAUGUGAUAUUAAAACGCAUCCAAGUAUUCUUGCUAAGUUAAUGUUUGACGUAUGGAAAGUUAAGGAACCACAAUUAAUAAUGUGUAUUAUUGGAGGAGCUAAAUAUUUCAAAUUAAAUGAACGACUUGAAAGAGAAUUUAUGAAAGGUAUUAUUCAAGCUGCAUUGAGAGCAGAUGGUUGGAUUGUAACAACGGGAUUUAAAACGGGUGUUGUACAACUUGUUGGUGAAGCUAUUCAUGAUCAUAAAGUAACUCAUCCACGAAGUUAUAUUACCGCUAUUGGUUGUUCAAAAUGGGGUGCAACUAAAAAUCGAGCAUUACUCAUAUCAUCAAAAAUAUCAACUGAUUCCACUCAAGAUAGAAUGAUAAGUACAUCAAAAAGUAUGAAAGGUCAACAAGAUCUUGAACCUAAUCAUACACAUUUUCUAUUACUUGAUGAUGGAACUUAUUAUGGAUAUGAUAUUGGAGAUUAUCGAACAAAAUUUGUUCUCGAAGCUUCACGUUAUAAGAAAAAUGUUCCUGUUGUGACUAUAGUCGUUGAAGGUGGUCCAGAUACAUUAGCAACAAUUUAUAAAGAUCUUUCUAAUGGUAUACCAGUAGUAUUGAUUAACGGUAGCGGUCGAGUAUCUAAUCUUCUUGCUAAUUUUCUGACUCGUACAGAAUCAAUGAUUAGCCGAAGUGAAAAAGAUAAUGAUAGUAUUUAUUGGGAACAAGUAAUCAAUAUCGAAGAACCAGAUGAUAUUGAAAAAUUAACAACAAAAUUUCGUUCUUAUGCCGAUGAAAUACGUGAUGGUUUAAGAAAUAUAUCUAAAGGAUCAAAAACAUCAGACAAACAGAUAGAUGAAUUAUUUAAAUAUUUUCUUUACUGUUUACAACGAGCUGUUCGAUCUAAAAUUCGAAUAUUUAGUCUUGAUAGUGAUGAAUCUUUAGAUGAUACUAUUUUCGAAGCUAUUGUAGAAGCAAAACAACAAGAAAGUCUAGAAAAAAAUAAAGCCGUUAAUCGAGAACAAUUAUUAUAUUUAGCACUUGCUUGGAAUGCUAUUCACGUAGCGAAAGUACAUAUCAUUAAAGAUGAUUUAACUGAUCUACGUUCAGACACUAAAGAGAAAUUAUUUUUUGAUGCGCUUUUACUUGAUCGCCCACAAUUUGUUAAUACAUUUAUUAAAUUAAAUUUUGAUUUAACUCAUAUGUUCUAUGAAAGACAAACUAAUCAACCAUGGAAAUUAAGAUUGAAUCAACUACUUAGAUUAUAUAACAACGAUGACAAGAAGAAUAACGAACGUUUGUAUUUAUUUAAAAAAUGUUGUGGCAACAAAACAAUUGAUUCCGAACAAGAUCUGGAUCUAUUAUUAAAAAAAUUAAUAGGUGAUUAUUUUAAACCAAUAUAUACUCGUACUGUCACUGACUUCUGGGAUCGAUUAAAAAUAUGCUUUCGAUGUUCAAUUGGAGCUUGUGUUGAGGAUAAUAGUACGGUUUGGUAUGCAGAUUAUAAUGGCGAUGAUUCUGAAGUACCUGAUCCAGAAGAAGCUCAAAAAGAAGUUCGAGAACUUGUUUUUCUGCCUAUUGUGACUAUAGUCGUUGAAGGUGGUCCAGAUACAUUAUUAACAAUUUAUGAAGAUCUUUCUAAUAAUAUACCGGUAGUAUUAAUUGACGGUAGUGGUCGAGUAUCUAAUCUUCUUGCUAAUUUUCUUAAUCGUACGGAAUCAAUAAUUAAUCGAAGUGAAAAAGAUAAUAAUGGUGAUGAUUGGAAAAAAGUAAUCCAUAUGAAAGAAGCAGAUAAUAUUGGAAAAUCAAAAACAAAUUUUCUUCCUUAUGUAAAUGAAAUACGUGAUGGUUUGAGAGAUAUAUCUAAAGGAUCAAGCUCAUCAACAAAACAAAUCAAUAAGUUAUUAGAAUAUUUUCUAUAUUGUUUACAGCCAACUGUUCGAUCAAAAAUUCGAAUAUUUAGUCUUGACAGUAACGAAUCUUUAGAUGAUACUAUUUUCAAAGCUAUUGUACAUGAAAAAAAUACACCAGUUGAUCGAGGACAUUUAUUUCAUUUGACUUUGGCUUGGAAUGCUAUUCAUGUAGCAAAAGAAUAUAUUAUUAAAGAUGAUUUAAAUGAUCUUGGUUCAGACACUAAAGAAAAAUUAUUUUUCGAUGCACUUUUGCUUGACUGUCCACAAUUUGUUAAUACAUUUAUUAAAUUAAAUUUUGAUUUAACUCAAAUGUUUUAUGAAAAACAAAUAAAUCAACCAUGGAAAUUAAGAUUGAAUCAGUUACUUAGAUUAUAUAACAAUGAUGAUAGCAAGAAAAAUAGAGAACGUCUUUAUUUACUUAAAAAGUGUCGGAACAACAAAUCAAUUGAUUCCGAAGAAGAUCUUGAUCUAAUAUUAAGAAAAUUAAUAGGUGAUUAUUUUAAACCAAUAUAUACUCCUUCAGUCACUAACUUCUGGAAACGAUUAAAACUAUUUUCAUCGAGAUCUCGUAUGGCGGAUAAUCGUGCAAUUGUAUAUGAAGAUUAUAAUAGCAAUGAUUCUGAAGUACCUGAUCCAGAAGAAACUCAAAAAGAAGCUCGAGAACUUGUUUUUCGUGAUUUAUUUUUAUGGUCAAUAUUAACAAAUCGUGUUGAAAUGUCCAAAGUUAUAUUAAGCCAUAUGCAAACACGUAUAAGUGCUGCAUUAAUAGAAUCAAAAAUUUUAAAAUCAUACAAAAAAUGUGCUUAUGACAAUGAAGCAAAGGGUGUUUUAUAUUGUCAAGCUGAACAAUUUGAAGAAUAUGCAAAUGAAUGUUUAAAAUGUUCUUAUUAUCUUCAUGAAGAAAAAGCACAUGAAAUAGCUAUACGAAGUAUUAAUGUAUUUGGUGGUGUUUCAUGUCUUCAAGUAGCUGUAGAUGCUGAUGAUAAAAGUUUUGUUAGUCAACCAUGUUGUAAUCAACUUUUAAAUAAUAUUUGGCAUGAUAAAAUAGAACCAAUUCAAUUCACAUUACUUCAACGUAUUGGAUUAUUGUUAAGUAUUUGUACAUUUGGUUUAUUAGCACCAGUUUUUAUAACAUUUCGUGAAGUUAAAUCAGCUCCUAUUGAUUUUAAUAAUAAUCGAAAAAGAACUAAUUAUAUAACUGUUAAUGAAACAGAACAAGAAACAAAAUCAUUAUCAUCUAGAAUAAAAAAAAGAUUAAAAGAUCAUGGUAUAAAUUAUUCUGAUAUAUAUACAUGGCGAUCAGACAGUUGUUCGCAAGGAUGUUUAGAUUAUUUUCGUCAUUUAAAACAAUUUCAUGAAUCACCACUUAUUAAAUUUUCGUAUAAUGCAGCUAGUUAUAUAUUUUUUCUAUUACUCUUUUCUUAUUAUUUAUUAUUCAAUUUUAAAAGUUCAACCAAUGGUAGUUCACGUAUACAUUGGACAGAAGUUUUAUUGAUUAUUAUUGUAACAACAAUGCUUUUUGAAGAUAUUCGACAAUUCUUUUGGCAAGAUAAUCGAUCAAUAAUUGGAAAAUUAUCUAAUUAUUUUAUAAAAAAUCUAUUUAUUUCUUUAAUUCGUAUUACAUCAUAUAUACUUUUUUAUAUUGGUUUUAUUCUUCUUUUUACAUAUGCAUCUACUGAUGAAAAUUUAACAGUUGCUAAAAUUAUUCUUGCUUAUGAUCUUGAGAUUUGGUAUAUACGAUCAUUAGCUUUCCUUGGCGUUCUACGUAAAAUGGGACCAAAACUUGUUAUGAUACGAAAAAUGGUAUUUAAAAAUAAAACAAUAAAUCUUUUAAUAUUUUAA